AUGGCUAUUGAUAUGAUUGUGGCAAAUGAAAGCGAAAUUAAUCGCUUAAAUGUAUUAAUUCAGAACCGUCAACAACUGUACGAAAAUGAUCAGUUGAAUGAUGAAGAAUAUAAACAGCUGAUGAUUGAUUUGGGUCGUCGUGUUAUGCUGCAAUGGGAUGUAGAAAAAUUAAAGCUAGAACGUGAUGGUCGUGCACACUAA